GUGCACCACCUGACGCUCUACGACCUGGAGGCGCGUGGCUUCGUGCGGCCCUUCUGCCUGGCCUACGUCUCGGCCGACGAGCGCAAGGUCAUGCGCCUCUUCCCCGAGCUCUCGGCCCAGUUCUCGGCCGCCUCCGAGGCGCUCAAGGCCGGCAACCGCCGGGCCUUCGCCCGCGAGCUGGAGAAGAAGCUGCGCGACCUGGACUACACCCGGGCCGUGCUGCACCGCGAGACCGAGCUGCAGAAGCGCAGCCGCGCCGGCGGCUUCUACUCCACCCGCGCCAUCGAGAAG